GAGCUCUGGCUCUCAUCCCUGGUAAGCAUCGUCAUGCUUCCAGGCCUUUGACAGGAAAUGUUGUGAUCUCAGAUGUGCCGUGGUGCGCCGGGGUGGGGCCGUCUUCAGGCUCAUUCAGUGUGUUGUCAGCACAAAAUCCACCUACGUGGGAGAUGCUGCAUCCUUCCGAAAUGAAGGGACCUGUACUACCUGACACCACCGUUCAGCGCAGUCCGAGGCUUUCCAAGGUUCUCUGCUGUGGUCUGGCACGCGGUGGGACCACCUCAUCAUGUCAUGACAAGUUGCGAACCACAGCAAGGCCACAGGCCCAGACUGCUGGCAACGGAUCGUAAUCAUAUUCAAUGCAUUAUGUUCACGAGAUGGACCGAAGCAUGAUGAAAAGAGGCAGGCAUGUUCUGCCGACAAUGGACAGGCACCCAUGCGCUCAUCAAACCCACAGACGUGUUGCGUCCCCCCACCAAUGACCCGCCAGAAUAUCCGCGGUUUCGCUAUCGCUCGCUCCUGUCAUUUCCACAGGCCGUCCUCAUCCGCCAUCCGGGCGGUCUUGGCGUUGUUUUGGAAAUCGACCGCGACGCCCUGUUCGGCAUUGCGUUUUGGAGAUUGCGUAGGCGUUGGGAGAAACUGUGCUUUUCUUCGUUGCGAAACAUGCCAAACGCUGGCGGUUACCCGCGUGCUUCACAGCCGGACAGCAAAAACAACAACUUCCGGCCAGUUCAGGCAAUGCGACCGCGCGAGGCGGACGGUGUACAUCAUUCGUCAGUCCAUAAUUCGUCACGGGCUCAGCGCGCGGUAUCGGCUAGAGGUUCAUCUGCUUUGGACACGGGCAAUGUCGAUCACUACGGAACGGCGUAGCAUGGGUGGCUUGCGCAUCGCCCAAUUUUUCCCUGCAGUGCGGCCGAAAGACAGUCGUUGCAGCCUCGUCUUCGAUGCCAUUCGCGCGCUCCAGGACAGUUUCAGCGCGCUUGCUUGGACACGCAUUUCCAAACACGUUACGAUAAUUCACCGCUGUCACCCAACUACCGACAGCCCACCAGUGUUGCACGCAGUCGCACUACAGCGAGAACAGGCUUCGAGAAACAGCGCCUUUCAGCAUUUUCCCGGCGCGGGCCGAGCUUUUGGCCGUUAGAUCGUUGUCAAGCCCAGCCAGAUCUGUUGCUCAUUGGCGACCCCCGCUGCUAUUGGCGACGGCGUCAUUGCUAGGCGCUCGACUACUCACCACACUUGAUCAAGCAGGUGUGCAGCAGGAACACGCAAGUAGCUAGACGCGGUUCCUUGGUUUCCGGCAAGCAUCAUGGGUCACGGCUGAAGGUGACCAAGGUUCGUUGUUCAUGCAUCU